UGCCGUUUCGUCUUGUGCCGAAUGUUAGCCUCGGUCUGUUGCCGCUACACACUGAUCUUUUCCGUGGCCACACGCAGCUGUUUUUAUAAAUCAUUCUGUUUUUGUCAACGUUUCUGGUCUGUGAUGGCCAUGAGCAUCUUGGAGGGCAGUGCCACCGAGGCCGUUCAGAUCUGGACACCAGAGACUCCGAGCUGGUGCUAAGGACAUGGGACUCUCCCUCAGAGUUAGCGACAGGCUCAGCAGCACGAGACGUUACAGUGACAAACCAGCGGUGGUGCAGGACUGCUGCCCUCAGAGCCUUCUCACCCCCUGCAGGACGUCACCACCACAGGCCCAGCAGCUCCCAGACCCCAGUAACAGCAGUGUUGUAUAGAGACUCUCUGUAAGCUGUGCGUCUGAUGAGGAUGUCUGAUCCUGUUACUGUAAAGGACAUCAGUAGGACUGAGACCAUGAAGGUUUGUGAGGCUGGAGUGGAGCUGGAGGCAGCAGACUGGACCGACACCACAACAUUAGGAGCAGACAACAGACAGAACGGUGUGAAGGACAAACCCAAACCGGCUGGGAGCCUGGUUCCGGAACACAAUGCCACCGGUCACCAAGACGGAAGCUGCUGUGACAACAAGAGGGAAACGUCACAGCAGUCUCCUGUAUCAGCUGGCCAGUCGGUGAGGGGCUCUAAGGUACAGUCGGUGGAUUAGCAUGAUGCCUGGCAUGUCUGCCUGGCAACUACCACAUAAUCAUUUUAUCUCCGGUGUUUCUGCUGAGAAGACGGAUUUAUCCCGCAUGUCUUAUUAUAUAUUUGCCUGCUGUUGACUUGGUUCUUGUGAUGUAGUGAACAGGGGGGUUCAUACUCAUUCUGUGGAGGCCCUAGUGUCCGAGGGUUUGGGGUUUGUCAUUUCAGUUAAGACCGAGACAACCAGGUGAGUGCAGCUCUUUACUAAUUAGUAACCUUCAUUUAUCAAUGGAGUACCAGGGACCUGCAGACACUCUGCCCUCCGUGGAAUGAGUCUGACACGUGAUUAAAGUCAUCCCUUUAAAAACAUCCAGUGGAAUGAGUCUGACACGUGAUUAAAGUCAUCCCUUUAAAAACAUCCAGUGGAAUGAGUCUGACAUGUGAUUUAAGUCAUCCCUUUAAAAACAUCCCGUGGAAUGAGUCUGACAUGUGAUUAAAGUCAUCCCUUUAAAAACAUCCCGUUGAAUGAGUCUGACAUGUGAUUUAAGUCAUCCCUUUAAAAACAUCCAGUGGAAUGAGUCUGACACGUGAUUUAAGUCAUCCCUUUAAAAACAUCUAGACUUGUGGUGGCGCGUUAGUAUUAUUUAUCUCCAUUUGCAUGAUGUUCAGAUGUUUAAACUGACUUAUUUACGUGUUUGCUAACCAUCACGUUAGUUACAUGCUUGGAUUGGAUUCACCCAAGUCAUUUUGAGGUCUGAACAUAUUCUGUUGGUCGUGAUUGGUGCUUGCUGGCCUUUACGUCUUGGUUUGUAUUUUUAUUUGGUCGGUUCGCGUUUUGAAAUGAUCAACGCACGUUAUCUAAAGGAAUAUAUUUUUAACCGUUGUCAAUAUACUGUACUCUCCCUCAGUCCAGGGCCAAGGUAAAGUUAGUACGGAGCCUGGCUGUCUGUGAAGAGUCCUCUCCUCCCUUUCUAACUGCACACCAGCUGACUCCAGAUCCUCAGAUAUCCCAGUCCUUUGAUAAGGAGGAGCUGUCUGCCAAGGAGGAGAAAGAGAAGGUGGAGAAACCAGAGAAGAUGUCCAGGAAAAUGCUGUCAAGAGAUUCCAGCCAGGACUACACAGACUCUACUGGAAUAGACCUGCAUGAGUUCCUGGUCAACACUCUAAAGAACAACCCCAGAGACAGAAUGAUGCUGUUGAAGUUGGAGCAGGACAUUCUGGAUUUUAUCAGUAAUAAUGACCAGAAGAGGAAGUUCCCUCCCAUGACUUCGUACCAUAGAAUGCUGCUACAUCGAGUGGCUGCCUACUUUGGCAUGGAUCACAAUGUUGACCCCACUGGGAAGUCUGUCAUCAUCAACAAAACUAGCAAUACAAGAAUACCAGAUCAAAAAUUCUCAGAACACAUAAAAGACGACAAAACGGAUGAUUUCCAAAAACGCUACAUUCUCAAAAGAGACAACGCCAGCUUCGACCGGGAAGACGGCAUGAUACGAAUGCGCCUGAAAGACGACAGGAGAAGCAAAUCUAUCGAGGAGAGGGAGGAAGACUAUCAGAGAGCCAGGGACAGGAUAUUUGCACCAGAUGGAGAUCAUUUCCACCUAGAUGGAAGGAGCCCUGAUGAAGAGGCUUGUAUCAGCACUCAACAGAGGCGGCAACUCUUCAGACUAGGGGACGGGCGGUCAGCCAGCAGUAGACAGAGCAGCUCUGAGAAUGACCCCAAGAACUGUGAUGCCCGGCCGUGGAGCAGCACUGAUUCAGACAGCUCCAACCGUAACCUGAGGCCGACCAUGACCAAGGCCAGCAGCUUCAGCAGCAUCUCUGUCCUCAUCAGAGGAGACAGCUCAGCCAGCAGCAAGAGCACUGGACGCCUCUCCAAAACAGGUUCUGAGUCUUCUAAUAGUGUAGGGUCUUCUACGAGUUCCAUCUCUCGCCCCCAAGUACUCCACCUGCCUCUCCCUGUCCCAGCUGCUCUAACCCAGGCAGCCGGCCCUGUCGGGGGCCCCAGCACGGUGCUACCUACACCCUCCUCCUCCUCUGCGUCCUCCGCUGCCACGGCCCCCAGCAGUAGUAGAGCUUCUGUACACUGUGAUCGGGGCAGCAGGAAUGGCCCGGCACCUGCAUCCGGCCCAGCGCCAACCCAGGCCACUGCUAAUGCUACUAGUUACUAUUUGCUUCCCCCAGAAGCCACAGGGAUACCGCCUGGCAGUAUACUGGUCAACCCACACACAGGCCAACCCUUUGUGAACCCUGACGGCAGUGCUGUGGUCUACAACCCCUCGAUGACCUCACAGCAAGGUGGGAGGAGCCAGCAGCCCUUGGCCCCUCCCCUACCACCCCCAGCCCCGCACCAGCCAACCAAUCACGUCCUCUCCCAGCCGGUUCGGCAUCUCCAGCCCUCUGCUCCACAGCCGAUCCAGUACUCAACCAUCUCUUACCCUCCUCCUCAGUUCCUGCCACUCUCCUCUAACCAACAAUACACUUUGCAAGAAGGGCUGGCUGCCCAGUUCAGCCACAUGAGUGUGGUGCGCCAGGCGUCCAGCGACGUCACUAACGGUGGCCCCCACCCUGCCAUGUACCCCUCGGGCCCUGUGGUGCUCCAGGCCCCCCUGCAGCACCAGCAGACUGGCUACAUGGUGGCCCCUCCAGGGCCCCCUGUGGUGGGGCAAACCCAGGCCUACCCCGGCCCUGCACACCCUAUGAGCCAGCCGGUCAUGCAGCAGCAGCAGGGCUACAUGCCACAGCAGAUGCACACAUGUUACUGUGCUCCAGCCCAGGACCCCCACUCCCACUGCAACCAGCACUAUCGCCCUGUCAGCCCCGUGCACUACACCAGCCCCCAGAACCAGCCUCUUCCCCAGCAGCCAGGUUACCACGCUGUGAUGCCAAAUCAGCCCCAAGGCCCUCAGCAUCAGAACCUGGUGAACAACCAGCAGCACAGCAAUAUGGGAAAUCACAUGACGGCCUUCAUGGUCCAGUACCCUUCAAUGCCGUCUUAUCAGGUAUCAAUGCCCCAGGGGUCUCAGAACAUGCCUCCACAUCAGCAGGCAUGUCAACAGCCCAUGAUGAUCCAGAGCCAUCCAAGCCAAGCUCCCAUGGCCAUGUCAGGCAUGCAGGUUUACUACAGUGUCAUGCCCCCAAAUCAACACAGCACCAUGAGUCCAUCGAUGGGUUUCUUACCUCCUGCUGGGGCAGAGCAGAUGCAGUUUCCCCGGGCUUCGUCUCCGUGUGGAACCCAGCAGCUACCAGGACAGCAGUGCUCAGGUGUGCUCCCCGGUCCUCACAGUGGUGGGAUGGUGAUGAUGCAGCUGACCCUGCCCCCUAACCACCAGCCCAGAGCCCACUCCCCUCCACAGUGGAAACACAACAGAUACUACAGUCUGGAUCACACACGCAGCCAGAGGUCCUCAGAACAACUAAAUAACUCACAGAACAGUCCUCAGCUGGGCGGCCCCAGCACGCCUCCAGCCCAGCCCCAAGCCCCAACCCACCAACUCACCUCCAUAAAGAACCUCCGCUCGGCCGGCCUCACCCCCAUCCCCAUAAUGACCCAGUUCCCCAGACCCUUCGGCCCAGGGCAGGCAGUGGACGGCAGAUACCCAUUGCUGGGUCAACCCCUCCAGUACAACCCUGCCAUCAGGCCUCCGCUGAUCCAUGGCACACACCACAUGAUCCCCAACCACCACCACGGCCCAAUGGGAAUCCGGCAUCAUGGGGGGCGAGGGAGGAGACCACCACCUAGGAAGUCAUUAUCAUCAGAUCUUAGUGUAGGUGACCCAGUGAACGGUGGAGUCCUGGAGGUGCUGGAGCUACCAGAGGGCAUCAGUCGUACGGAGGCAGACUCUCUCCUGGGGGAACUGUACAGAGGAGGGGCCAUGAUCAAGUGGUUGUCUGAGACCCAACAGCACCAACACCAGUCUGGUGAAACCCUGCUGAAGCACUGUGGGGCUGGGGGGGACGGUAACAACGGUGACACAAACACUGACACUACUUCCUGUUCCAAACCCCCCAGUAGUAACCAUAAUGACCUGGCGUCCACCUACACCAUCCUGGCUGUGUUUCCCUCCAGGUACGCAGCUCAGAACGCCUUGCUCAGACACAGUGGCCCUGCCGGCCCUGGACCCAUUCUUACCACCACGUUCAAACUCAGAACUAGCAAGAGACACUCUGAUGAGUUUCACAACCAGGAGAGGACCACCUCUCAAUAACAGGGUAGGGUGCUGUAGCCAGCCAACCAGGAGAGGACCACCUCUCAAUAGCAGGGUGGGGUGCUGUAGCCAGCCAACCUGGAGAGGACUUGCUCUCAAAAGCAGGGUGGGGUGCUGUAGCCAGCCAACCUGGAGAGGACUUGCUCUCAAAAGCAGGGUGGGGUGCUGUAGCCAGCCAACCUGGAGAGGACUUGCUCUCAAAAGCAGGGUGGGGUGCUGUAGCCAGCCAACCUGGAGAGGACCACCUCUCAAUAGCAGGGUGGGGUGAUAUGUUACUAGGGCCCCUGAGAGGUUGUUCUAGGGGCUCCCACGGGCUACCUUGAGGGGCUGCCGGUCACGGGCCCUCGCCAUGGCCCCUCCACCCCACCACCACCUCCACUGCUGCCAUCGGCCAACCAAUCACACACCCCUCUUCUGCAAGCAUCACUCACUAGUCUCCACUCCCCACCGGACUGACAGACAGACUGAUGGAGUAUCACUCGCUAGUCUCCACUCCCCAUCGGACUGACAGACAGACUGAUGGAGUAUCACUCGCUAGUCUCCACUCCCCACCGGACUGACAGACAGACUGAUGGAGUAUCACUCGCUUGGCAUUACCUAACAGCUUUUUCACUUGAGUUGUAGAGGCUUUCUGGGAAUGUGUUAAUGCCUUUGGAACGUUCUCUACUUUAUGAGAUGAAAAUGUGUAAAAAAAAAGGAUCUGACAACACACCAAUGUUGAAACACAAAGACACAGACAGAAAAACAGGAAUGAAGUUCCUAAAGUGUCAUAUUUUAUUUGCAGACAGAACAUGGAAGCAGCAUGUUUUAUUUGAUUUCGUUUUAUGUUUAAAAGCUGCAGUCAGAACACCCAAAGCAGGGUUGUACUCAUUCAUUACAAUAAUAUACCAAGUGUCUCUCAUUGGACAAGAGUGUCUCUCAUUGGACAAGAGUGUCUCUCAUUGGACAAGAGUGUCUCUCAUUGGACAAGAGUGUCUCUCAUUGGACAAGAGUGUCUCUCAUUGGACAAGAGUGUCUCUCAUUGGACAAGAGUGUCUCUCAUUGGACAAGAGUGUCUCUCAUUGGACAAGAGUGUCUCUCUUUGGACAAGAGUGUCUCUCUUUGGACAAGAGUGUCUCUCUUUGGACAAGAGUGUCUCUCUUUGGACAAGAGUGUCUCUCUUUGGACAAGAGUGUCUCUCAUUGGACAAGAGUGUCUCUCAUUGGACAAGAGUGUCUCUCAUUGGACAAGAGUGUCUCUCAUUGGACAAGAGUGUCUCUCAUUGGACAAGAGUGUCUCUCUUUGGGCCGGAUUCUGAUGUUGAGAUCUGCAACGGAUAACUCCAGAUUUCAGUUUAAAAUGUCCUGUUGAUUUACACGAAAGCCUGAGUUGUGCCGGCGUAUAAUAUCAAGUUAGGAUUUGGCCCGUAGAGUCAGUCUCCCGUUAGCCAGUUGGUGUGCUACUACAACAGAAGAUUAGUCUUCUAGAACAAGGUUGUGUCCCAAAUGGCACCCUAUUUCCCUAUAUAGUGCACUACUUAGGUCCCAUAGGGCUGUGGUCUUAUGAGCCCUAUGGGACCUGGUCUAAAGUAGUGCACUAUCUAGAGAAUAGGGUUCUAUUUGGGACUUAGCCCAACAGAAUGGUGCCUUCUAACUGGGCUCGGGUGCCACUAUCCAUCCCUCUCCCCAACACCCCUAAAGACACCCCAUCCAAUUCCAUUUGUAUAAACUCUGACCCACCCAUUUCUUUCACAAUCAAUCAUCACUGAUAUGGUAGCUAAAUUAUUCUCACUUUUCUACACAGUUAAUGGUAUGUUUGCAUUGGCACAAGGGAGAAAUGUUUGUUUUGAUAGUGGUUUAUUGUUUUUAAGGAAAAGAUGAGAAGAACCUUGGUGCAUCUCAUUGAUGGUUUAUUCUAUUUGAGCUAUUCUAAAAUGAAUGUCCUUCUCACCAACCCUCCUCUCUGUUCAGUCCACCCAUUCCCUGGUUAUGUAUCAAAUGGCACCCUAUUCCCUAUGGGCCCUGGUCAAAAGUAGUGCACUAUAUAGGGUGGCCAGGCCAAAUUCCUUUCAUGUUUAGUUCGUUUUACCGUUCGUAUCCUAUCAGAAGGGUCACUGGAAAAGUCGCAUUAUUCACAACACACCCCAACCCCCAUCACACCCCCAACCCCAUCCCAACCCCCAGCACACCCCCAACCCCAUCACACCCCCAACCCCCAUCACACCCCCAACCCCAUCCCAACCCCCAUCACACCCCCAACCCCAUCCCAACCCCCAGCACACCCCCAACCCCAUCACACCCCCAACCCCAUCCCAACCCCCAUCACACCCCCAACCCCAUCACACCCCAAACCCCCAUCACACCCAAACAAAUGUGUAUUAAAGAUGGUUGUUGGUGGUGGAUUCAGGAGAGAUGUCCAGUCUGCUGGUGCAACAUGUUUUUAUGUCUGUUUGAAGCCAAUAAAUGUUUACACCAAAA